AUGGCUGAUCUACCUCCCCCAACACCCUCUGAACUCCUUCAGAUGGUAACUGAGCUGCAACAAACAAAACAACGUAUGGUGGAGGAAAAUCAAAGGAUGGCGAAUCAGAUCGCCGAGUUAACUAAUGUUCGGAUUGAAAACAAUGGUGAUCGUAAUGAACGAGUGGAGAAGGAAGAGCGCGAAUCUGAUCCAACACACGUUUUCGAAACUGCUCGCAACGAAGAAGCUCGGCCUUUGCCAGAAAAUGAAGAAAUUAAGCCUGAUAACUCUAUGGAUCCAUUCACGACUGGUAUUAUGAAUUUUCAAAAACCCAGGAGGUUCACUUUGCCAACAACCUUAACCCCUUAUGAUGGGUUAGGAGACACGAAGAAGCACAUCAAAAAGUUUAGAUCUAUAAUGAUAGUAAACGGUGCAUCCGAUCCUAUUUUAUGCCGUUGUUUUCCUACCUUUUUAGACGGUCCUGCACUUGAUUGGUUUUGUUCUUUGACUAUAGAUUCUAUUUCUCGUUUUCAGGAACUAGCAAAGCAUUUUGAAGAUCACUUUGGUGCCUCCUCUAUCUACCUACACGAUUCUGACUAUCUGAACACAAUCAAACAAGGUCAGAAUGAAAGUCUAAAGGAUUACGUUAUUCGUUUCACAAAGGUGGCCAUGAGCAUACCAGAUCUUUAUCCUGAGGUGCAUCUGCACGCCAUCAAAAGUGGACUCCAACCAGAAAAAUUUCAAGAGGCAAUUGUGGUUGCCAAACCAAAGUCCCUUGCGGAGUUCUGUGAAAAGGCUAAAGGUCAGAUGGACAUCGAGGAGCUCCGACAAGCUCGGAAAGCAGACGAACCCCAAUAUAACAAAGACAAGGAUAAAGCUAGAGAUAGCAAGAAAACUUUUAAACUAACCCCUCGCUAUGAUUCAUAUACUCAGUUCAACAUGAAGAGGGACGACAUCAUCAAGAAGAUUCUCGAUUCCAAGCUGAUCAAACCUCCCCUAAAGGCCGGUAGCUAUCCGGACGCAAAGAACACAGACAAAUCCAAAUACUACACUUUUCACCAAAAGUAUGGACACACCACCGAUGAGUGUGUGAUUGUAAAAGAUCUAUUAGAACGCCUAGCUCGGGAAGGCCAUCUAGAUAAAUACAUCAGCGGGAGUGAUGACCUUAUCACAACUAUUCACAGUGACAAUCAUGAAGCUCGUCAGUGCUACAACAUUAGUCUGAAAAGGCCUAACCGAGCUUUGAGGGCACAAGUAAACAGCAUCAGCAGUUCUGAUGAACUUUCACCUCUUGCCGACCUUAACCCAAGGGCCGAUGUCCUCGAACGACUAAACCCAACAGAGGAUUUACAAAAAACCCCUGCCGACAUGCCCGGAAUUGAUCCCUCAGUCAUUUCUCACAAGUUGGCACUGGAUCCAUUUAUCCAACCUAUAGCACAGAAGAAGCGGAACCUUCGUCUUGAAAAGAAGCAAGCAUCUUUGGAAGUGACCAAAAAACUAAUUAAUGCUGGUUUCAUACAAGAAAUUUAG